CUGGUUCCUUCCUCCCUCCCCGUCCCCCUCUUCUGUUGAUUUGUCUUGUGUUUAGCCGUACGGCAACUGUUUCUCAUUUGCAUGCAGAUUGUUGUUUCAAAACUUGCCGAAAUGUGAGGAUGUAACGCUCUGCCCGCAUUACUAUCAAGACGUCCUGGCCUAUGUGUGUGGGGGUUCUGCGCUUCUGGGUCUCAUAGUUCUUCUUACAGUGUUUCCCUUCAGCCGGAAUAUCUUCAAGUCUAAAGGUAGUAACAUAGUUGUUGGGUGACAUUCAAGAUGAGUGCAAAGACUUCCACUGUAUCUCAAUCUAGUAGACUUAUGGCACUCCUGAAGACGCUUUAUCAAGCGCCGGAAAAAAUCUUACCGGAAAGUCAUGAAAAUAAAGAGGAAAAUAACAAUAUUUCGGGGGAACUUCCUAAUAUUAACAAUUAUGAAACUGACUGCUUGAGCCAAUAUGAAGAAAAUUCAAGUGGUACAUUUAAUGAAUGUGAUGGCAGUCAACAGAAUGUUGAGGAUGCUGACAAAUCACUCAUUGAAAAAGACAUUGAUUUUCAGUUUUAUGGUCCUGGUGCUGUCUUUGAUAAAUACAUGCUGGAAGAAUAUAUUGAGAAAGAUGGAAAGUUGUACAAAACAAGUUCCUUGGAAUUCAAGGAAGAAACAGUUGCUGAAGAGAGAACUGAUACUUGUCCAUUUGAUAAGUACAUUUCUGACUCUAAAUUUGAGGGUCAUAAAUUCAUGCUGGAAGAAUAUAUUGAGAGGAAUGGAAAUUGCUAUAAAACAAGUUCCUUGGAAGUUAAGGAAGAAACAGUUGCUGAAGAGAAAACUGAUACUACUUGUCCAUUUGAGAAGUAUAUUUCUGACCCUAAAUUUGAGGAUAAUAAAUACAUGCCCGAAGAAUAUAUUGAGAGAGAUGGAAAUUUCUACAAAACAAGUUCCUUGAAAGGUAAGGAAGAAACAGUUGCUGAAGAGAAAACUGCUAGUUGUCCGUUUGAGAAGUAUAUUUCUGACCCUAAAUUUGAGGAUAAUAAAUACAUGCUGGAAGAAUAUAUUGAGAGAGAUGGAAAGAUCUACAAAACAAGUUCCUUGGAAGUUAAGGAAGAAACAGUUGAUGGAGAGAAAACUGAUACUUGUUCAUUUGAUAAAUAUAUUUCUGACCCUGAAAUUGAGGGUAAUACUAUUUUUACUAAUUUUCUGGCAGAAGAAUGCCCAGAGGAAGAAGAAGAAAUCAGUGAAGCGAGCUCCUCGGAAGUAGAUGAAGUUGAUGAAGAUGAAGUAGGUGAAGUUGAUGAAGAUGAAGUAGAUGAAGAUGAGGUGGAGACAGACAACUAUUUGUAUUCUGAUAAUAGUUUACAGUAUGGGACUGGAAACAUUCUGUAUGAUUGGUCCCAAAUUAUUAAGUCAGAUGAGGACCGCAAUCAAAUUUAUGACAGAUGGAUGACUGAUGUUGAGACAUGGGAGAGAAAUCGUUUGCUAUGGCUUGACGAAAUGAGUCAGUCAGAAGGAUUUGAUUCUUCAGAUUACAAAGAUAGAACAUUUCUUAGCAAAGUAGAGAACUUUCCUGCAAGUUCUAAUUCUACGUUAGGGGCAGAGUCUUCCAAUACAGUUAACAUGAUACCUGUAUCUGCCCUACAGGUUGAGAAACUGAAACCUGAGAAUGUGAAAAGUACAGAUAUCUCCUCAGUUGAACUAGUAAAUCAGCUGGACUCCCCUGAAAAGUUGGAUAAGUGGUAUAAGAGUCAACGAUUGCGGCAUCACAAAUUGUUGCAUGAAAUGGGUUUGCCUAAUUGGUAUGAAGAAAUCCUUCAAGAUCUAAGUAAUGAAGAUGUAGAAGUUUUAAGUGUAAGUUCAACUGGCGCAGACUGUCAAAAAUAUGACGAUGACUGUGAAGAAGCUCUAAGUGCAGAGAAAGCACAACCUUCAUGUCUAAGUGUCUCUUGUGAUGUUGUUCUUGUGUACCAGUUCACAGACCGCCAUUUGUGGCGUAAAUACCAUGGUUGCUGGAAACGAAGUAAACCAGAGAUUUAAUUUUAUUCAUGGAUCUGAACUUUUCAUUCUGAAGUUGAAGUCUUUUUCUUGUUUUUCCCACUUAAAUCCUUGGUUUAUUAUCCUAGGAACUGCAUACUUUUGUUGUUAUAAACUUUCUAGGAAAAUGAAAGUCUUACUGUAUUAA